CCAUCAUUGCUCAAGUUUAAGUAGCUGUACACUGUAUUCUUUUAUCUCAUUGUCUUUGGAGACAUUCCAUUUUCUUAGCAUUUCAACUUACUAAGCAUCUUGCUGCUUAGUGUCUGUCAGUUUUACUGCUUUAUCCUUCUCCUGUUUCCUACUUUGCUGGAGAUCUUAAGAUCUGGACUACUACUGAAGAAAUUCCAAAAGAGGCUCCCCCUUCUCUUCAAAGAUGGUCAAUGAGUACAAAAUACUUGUUCUGCUGAAAGGGCUAGAGCGUAUCAGUAACUAUCAUUUCAGCAUGUUUAAGUCUUUAAUGGCUUCUGAAUUAAAACUGACCAAAAAAAUGCAAGACGACUACGACAAAAUCCAAAUUGCCGACCUGAUGGAAGAGCUGUUCCCCAAUGAUGCCGGACUGAACAGACUGAUAGAAGUGUUUGGAGAAAUGCCAGGACUUGAGCAAUGUUCUGAAAAUCUUAAGAAAGAGAUGUUAAAAGUUGUGAGGAGAAGUAAAUCCACUCCAGCAAAAGGGAAAAGUUCAGCAAAAAAGAAGAAUAAAAAAAAGGAAGCUUCUGCAAUGCCGACCUCAACUAGCAGCACAGUGGAGGAUACUCCUAAAGCUCAGAAACGAAAAAGCACAAACAAUGAAAAGACAGCCAAGAAGAAGAAAGUGUCUGAGAAGCAAGUUCAGCCUUCCUGCUCUGCAGAAGCUGGAAUAUCCACAGCCAUGGGCCUCUGCUCCCCUCUUCCGGUGUCAUCAUCCACUCUGUUUGGGGCUUCCCCUGCAGAGAAAACACUGCCCCAGCCACAGAUAGACGACAGAAGAAAUGUUCUGUGCAAGGAUCCACUGGCAGUGAUGGUGCUGAAGACAACAGAUGUAUUUGAAUAUGAGCCCUCAGAAGGGGAGAAGAGCGAAAUGUUUCAUGCCCUCGUGGCCACUGAAAAACGCUUUUUCCGAGUGAAAGUUCUAGACGUCAGUCUGAAAGAGAAGUUUACAAUUAACAGCGUCAUUACCAUCUCUAAUUACUUUGAAUGUGUAGGAGACCUGGAGAUAAACAAAUCUUCAUCUGUGUCUGCAACUGCUCUUACCCAAAAGUUUGUUAUUCCUAAAUGGGUUAGCAAGAAAGCAAAUGAAACACCCAAGAUUGAUCACAUUCACAAGGAAGCAUCAGGAACAAAUGUGUAUGGGUUGUUCACAUUAAAAAAGAAAAAAGAGAAUAUGAAGAGAACAGUCUAUCAAAUACAGGACAAAACAGGACAGAUAGAUGUGAUAUGCACUGGGAAGUGGCGUGACCUAGACUGUAAGGAGGGAGACAAAUUUCAGCUCUACUGCUUUCAAGUAAGGAGAAUCAACAAGCAGCCAACGCUGAUGUGUGGCUGCUACAGUUACAUUAAGGUCAUCAAAAGCUCAAGAAAAAGAAGGAGCCAACCCAUGUCAGUUUAAAUCUGGAAGUUGAAGUGCACACCUAAUUUUAAAUGCCUUGAACCAGUGAUACAACUAAUUUUAUGAGUGCAUUUCAAACAAUAGCUUUAUGAGUGCUAUGCAAAGAAAUAUUUUCCCUCUUCUUUUCAAUUUUUCUUUUACCUGCAGAACAUGCACAUGUAGUACAUGCAGUAUAUGCAUGUGAUGAGCAUGUCAUUUCCUGCUGAAAUAUACCCUCAACCCCAGGAAGCUUUCUAAUUUGUAGAUUAUGUUGUUUCCAUCAUUUUUUUAAAAAAAAUGUUUGUUAUUCUUUUACUGCUUUGCUAAGAAUGAUACAUUUUGCAUUAUAAUAUCCAUGAUGUAAAAAAAUAAAUUUUCUUCUAUAAAGUAUUUCAUUUCUUAAAAGUGUCAGAUAUUAGUUUUUUAACUCAAGAGUGAGCCGUCUGAUUCUUUUUGAUUUGUGCACUGUAGGCCAAUGGGGUGACAGACACAGGGCUUUUCAAAAUUGGUGCU